AAAAACAAAAAAUUAUAUAGCCGAAGUUAAUACUUCUCCGGCGGCUGCCACCAAUUCCCCUCUCUCCGUCUCUUUCUCCGGCCAACUCCGGUAGUUUGGGUAAAUUGGAGAUGGACAUUAUAAUUAAAAAGUAUCAGCAGAGAUUCAGGAAAGUGAAGGAAGAGAUGGAGAACUGGAAUGAGCUACAAUCUCGAUUAAUUUCUCAAUUCAUCAAUGCUUCUUCCAUCAUUCAGAGGUUACAGAUUCUUCAGGAUUCUAAGAAUUAUGGUGCUUUGACAUGUGUUGAAGGCAUUCAAGAAGCUGUCUUGCUGAAACAAAUGAAUUCUCUACAAACUAUCUUGCUUUCAAUGAAUGAAACUAUGGAAAAGUUUCAUUCGGUUGUGCUGUCGCUUGAUAAGAUGGUUCGUGAUGGUAGACAGCUCAUAAAAGGGGGAUCCGUUCAGAAGAAUUUGAAACAGCUACAGCAACACGUUGGGAUGAAACCAAGCAUUGCUGAUUGCUUGGAUGGGCUACAACUUCUUUAUGAGAUGCACCAAUCAGAGUACUGUCUGAAAUUGUCGGUCAUAUCAGCAAUUUCAGCAUUUGCUUUAAAACCCAGUGCAACUGAUGAUUUAGGUGCACUUCAGCAACUGUUGGUUGAUCAGCCUAACAUCCCCAAAGAGGAAGUUCAAGUCAUUUUUGAAAUCAUAUUUGCUGAAGAGAUAGCUUGAUGUCUACUAGCAUGGAUCCUUGGACUGAUGAAGUGCUUUUGGAACUUGGAAUGUGUUUUAAGUUCAGGAAGACUUAAGUUCUGACUAAAGAGCAGGAAAUAUCUUGCACUUGGGUGCUACAUUACUCGAACUCUUCAAGUGUAUGUGUCGGAUCCUCCAAAAGGAUCCGACAUGGGUGUGGCAAUAUUUUUAGAGAAUCCGAGCAACAUAACUUUGGUGAAGCAGAGAAUUAUCUUGAUCACUGUAGAUGGAAGGUGUGUUGGACCUUGGAAAUGGAAGAGAAGACUUUAGUUGUUGUGUAUAUUCAAUUUCAUUUAUUGAUAUGUUAUUAACUUUGUACAAACAACCUUUUGUUUUUUUUCCCCUUAGUAGCAUGGUUUUGAUUAAACAGCUAAACCCAAUAACACAAUUAAAUACAAAUCCUUCCUAAUAUCUAA